AUGUCAGCAGCAGGCGGACAAGGGCCACAGCAGAUGGCACCACAGUCCGGGCCGCCCUAUGCUCCCACGACAGCCCUGCUGGGUGGGCACCCCACCGUGCCCCUCGACGACCCCAUCUGCGCAUGCCUCUUGCUGUUGUUCAUCGCAGGCGCCGCGACGCACUUGACCAUCUUCAGGAUCAAUCGCAAGCGGGAUCAUAAGUUUGUUUUCUCUGCCUUACUUUUUGGUUUCUGCAUGGCGCGCAUCACGACGCUCGUCCUGCGCAUCGUCUGGGCCUCGCGGCCGCGCAACGUGGACAUCGCUAUCGCAGCGAACAUCUUCGUCCAGGCCGGCGUCCUGCUUCUUUUCAUUAUCAACCUUAUCUUCGCCCAGCGCAUCGUCAGGUCGUACCACCCGAGGCUCGGGUGGUCGCGGGGCCUGGGCCUGGCCUUCAAGUUCCUGUACUUCUGCGUCGCGGCGUGCUUGAUCAUGGUCAUCACCGCGACCGUCGACUCCUUCUUCACCCUGGACAAGAACACGCGCAGGAUCGACCGCGACAUCCAGCUCGUCGCCGGCACGUUCCUCACCCUCCUCGCCUUCCUCCCCAUCCCCGUCACGCUCCUGGCCGUCGUCGCGCCGCGUGCCCACCGGCCCGAGAAGUUCGGCCAGGGCCGCCAGCGCACCAAGAUCUGGCUGCUCCUCUUCACCUCCGUCAUCCUGACCCUCGGCGCGGGCUUCCGCAUCGGCGUCAACUUCACCACGCCGCGGCCGGCCAACAACCCGGCGUGGUUCCACUCCAAGGCGUGCUUCUACUGCUUCAACUUUGUGAUCGAGCUGGCGGUGGUCUACGCCUACGCCAUCGCGCGGUUCGACAGGCGCUACCACGUCCCUGACGGCAGCAACGGACCUGGUCACUACUCUGGUGAAAGAGUAGGUGACAACAGGGGUUUGGGGAGGGGAGGACUUACCAUGAGCAACCUGUCUAUCAACAGAGAGAGUGACGUGUUUGGGGACGAGACCAUGAUCAACAGCCCGGCCGAGCAGAGCAGGAGGCAGAGUGAGUGGGAGGCCAAGGCGAGGGAAGAGUUGGAGAAGGAGGCCGUGAGCGAUUCUGUCUAA